AUGCGUCACGUCUACCGACGCAUGUCAUGCGAGAUCCAGUCUAUUGACUUCGCUGGAAUUCCACGCCCUAAUUUCGACUAUGAAGAUGAUGAAGUUCCCGAUAUUCAUCCAAGUCCAAAUCUUAUAUCUUCAAAUUCAACUCCGGCAUUUGCUGUAUCAAGUGGUCUCAUCUUACCUACUCUUAACAUUGUCAGUCCGAUACCUCGAAUAUCUCCACUUAUAUUGAGUUACGCAUUAGAAGGGAAAUAUGACGAUUAUUUCGACAAUUUAUACAUUAUCGACUGCAGAUUUGAAUACGAAUUUAAUGGAGGACACAUUAGAAACGCCUUCAAUUUGUCAUCUCCUGAUCAACUCAAAGAAAAAUUUAUCGAUAAUCCUGAGCCUCGAGCCGUGUUUGUUUUUCACUGUGAGUUUUCUCACAAUAGAGGGCCAUCAAUAGCACAGAUUUUCCGCGAAAUGGAUCGAUUUGCAAACAAAUCACGCCAUCCAGCAAUUUACUAUCCGAAUGUCUACAUUCUUGAAGGUGGGUAUAGAGAAUUUUACAAUAAUUUCCAAGAUCAGUGUGAAGGAGGAUAUCGCCCAAUGAUAGAUCCUGGAUAUCAGUCCCUCUGCCAAAGAUCAAUGCAAUGUUUCAGACAAAAUGUUCAAAAAGCAAUGAAAGAAAUGAGAAAACCACUUUCCCGAGAGACAAACUCUCAACACAUGUUCACAUCUCCGAUUAAUUUCCAAGAAAGGUAUUCUAAUUCACCAACAACAACUAGAUACCGAGCUAAGCUUGUUGGUGCCCUUAAGUUCGAUUAA